AUGUCCGAGCUCUGGUACGAAACACCCGCCAGCGGGUGGGAUGAAGCCCUGCCUGUGGGAAAUGGCCGUCUGGGGGCAAUGGUCUAUGGGAGGACCGACACCGAACUGCUCCAGCUCAACGAGGAUUCAGUCUGGUAUGGAGGCCCGCAGAAUCGUCUCCCCGAAGAUGCAGCAGAACAUUUACCACGGCUUAGAGAAUUGAUUCGCAAUGGCGCUCACAAUGAGGCCGAGAAAUUGGUUACCCGGGCCUUUUUUGCUUCCCCAAAUGGCCAGCGCCACUAUGAGCCUCUUGGUACUCUGUCCCUCGAGUUUGGACACCUGCUUGACGACGUGAAAAACUAUCGGCGGUCGCUGGAAUUGAAGGAGGGCAUCGCCUAUGUGCAGUAUGAAUGCAAUGGAGUCCAGUUCCACCGCCAGGUGCUGGCGAGCCAUCCCGAUGGCGUACUGGCCAUACGGAUACAAGCUUCUCAGCGCACCGAGUUCUUGGUCCGCGUCAGUCGAUUGAGCGACGUGGAAUACGAAACGAACGAGUUCUUGGACGAUAUAGUGGUCGACGACCAAUCUAUCUCCAUGCAUGUUACUCCCGGUGGCAAUGGAAGCAAUCGCGCCAACUGCAGAAUAACAAUCCGCUGCGAGAAUGACGACCAAGAACCGGGAAUAAUCCAGCGACUUGGUAAAAACCUCAUCGUCAACGCAAAGGACACACUGGUCCUGAUCGCAGCGCAGUCGACAUACCGACACAAGGACAUUGACCGAGCAACAAUUGCGGACUUGGAGACUGCCCUAGCUCACUCGACAGACGACAUUUGGAAACGGCAUAUUACGGACUACCAAGUCCUAUAUGGCCGUCUGGAGCUGCAGCUCGGUCCAGAUGCGACUGAUAUUCCAACGGAUCGAAGAAUACAAAGCGCGCGAGAUCCGGGACUCAUCGCUCUAUAUCUCCACUACAGUCGCUAUCUACUGAUAUCCUGUAGUCGACCGGGUAGGGACGACGGCUCUGAUCGUGUCUUACCCGCAACGUUGCAGGGUAUCUGGAACCCAUCAUUCCACCCACCCUGGGGCUGUCGCUAUACCAUCAACAUCAACCUGCAGAUGAACUAUUGGCCCGCCAACGUGGGUAACCUGUCAGAGUGCGAGCAGCCGCUGUUCGCCCUGCUUGAACGCCUUGCUGAAGCUGGCACUGAAACUGCGCGCAAAAUGUACAGCUGCCGCGGAUGGACAGUACACCAUAAUACCGAUCUGUGGGCGGAUACGGCCCCUGUCGACCGUUGGAUGCCGGCCACUCUGUGGCCUCUCGGCGGUGCCUGGCUCUGCAUCCAUAUCUGGGAGCACUUUCGGUUCACGGGGGAUAAGAAAGCACUCGCCCGCAUGCAGCCCGUUUUGCGCGGCUGCGUCGAGUUUCUGCUAGAUUUCCUGGUAGACGAUGCCUCCGGUCAAUACAAGGUAACCAACCCGUCGCUUUCCCCGGAGAAUACGUUCCGCGAUGGAAAAGGCGAGGUAGGAGUGUUGUGUGAGGGCUCAACAAUCGACAUCCAACUGGUGCGUGCCGUCCUGGAGGCAUUCACUUCAGUACUCGAGGUUCUUGGUCUUGAGGACGAACUCCUCCCCGCUGUGCACGACACGCUUCGCCGCUUGCCACCACUGCGCAUUGGCUCUGCAGGGCAAAUGCAAGAGUGGAUGGCCGAUUAUGACGAGGUCGAGCCUGGCCAUCGCCAUGUCUCACAUCUGUGGGCUCUCUAUCCGGGCAGCGAUCUUACGCUCGAUUCGACUCCCGACCUAGCCAGAGCCUGCGCCGUCACUCUUCAGCGACGCCAGGGAGCUGGCGGCGGUCAUACAGGUUGGAGCAGAGCAUGGCUCCUCAACCUGCAUGCGCGUCUGAGGGACGCAGAUGAGUGCGCGGAGCAUCUCGAGCGACUCUUGGCGCAGUCAACGCUUCCCAAUCUCCUGGAUACGCACCCGCCUUUCCAGAUUGAUGGGAAUUUUGGCGGCGGUGCCGGGAUCUUGGAGAUGUUGGUUCAGUCACAUGAAGAGGGUGUCAUACGACUACUCCCCGCUUGUCCGGCUGCGUGGCGAAGUGGACGCCUUCGGGGAGUUCGGGCGCGUGGUGGGUUCGAGUUGGAGUUCAGUUGGGAGGAUGGAGUCAUUCGGGGGCCGGUUAUUGUGAAGUCGGAGCUGGAACUUAGGGCUGUAGUCUAUUAUCCCAACAAUGGGCCGCGGAAGGUCAUCGAGGGAUCGGGAGUCAUCGUCCUUGCCGAUGACGGGGAUAAUUAG